CCUAGCGAUUCCUAGAGAGGUGUUCUCUCAGAUGAAAAUAGUGGUCUUGUUAUUUGCAGCUUUCCAUAUUCACAGGGGUCCAGUCCCCUAACCCCAGAAGAUGUGAAGGGUAUUUAUCUCACUUGAUGAUUUGAGGGUGGCACUUUCUUAGAUCUAGGCCAUUUCUGGGGAUGCUCUUCUGAGUUUACCUGGCUUGCCCAGGUCCCUUUCCUUUGCCUGUAAGUGCAGGUGGGAUCCUGCUUGCCUGUUCAGGAAUGCUUUUCCUUACUUCUUUGGGUGGUAGAGAGUCAUCCUUUAAAGGGGAGCCUUGGCCGUGGUCCUUCUUUUGCAGCGUUUGCCAUGGCAUGCUGGGAUAAAAGGGGAGGAUGGCAGUGCGGGUCCCUUGUUUGGCUGGAAUUGAUCCUCUGCUGCUUUCUUUGUCUGCAGGCCACCACAGAAAAGACACCGAACUGUCGAAGACUUCAAUCAGUUCUGCACCUUUGUGCUAGCCUAUGCAGGCUACAUCCCAUACCCAAGUGAGAAUGAGCCCUGGCCCCAUCGGGGCAACAUGAGCCCCCAGAACAGCACAGGCAGCACUCAAGAUGGCGACAGCUGGACUUCAUCCCAGUCCUGUGACUCCCAGGCGCUGUCGGAUGAUGGAGGGAGUAGGAACACUAGAUGCAAAGGAUCUGGAGAUCUCUUCCUCAGCUAUCCUGGUGGCAUUUCCAGUAGCUUCUGUGCAAGCCGGCCCCAGCAAACUAAGAAAAGGAAGCAGUCCACAAAGAAGCGCAUCUUGGGUCAAGAGGUGGACAAGAGGGUCACGCCAACAAAAGUGAAGGACCUGAAGCAAGAAAAGGUGGAGCACAGAGAGGAAACUCAUGCUGAAGCAGGAGUACUUGAAUCCCAUUUCCCAAGGGAAUCACUCAAGCCUAAAUCUCUCCUGGAGCAAUACAUAAAGGAGAAUGCCUGGGUCCCUCAGGUGCAGACCACUGAGAAACCUGAGGAGACAUGCAAGGAGGAAAGAGUCAGCCCUUCCUCUUGGAACAAUGUAGAGCAGAGCAAUGAGGAAGAACUCAGUCAAGAUGGCUCCCAACUUGGUACUUCAUGUGAGGAGUUUGCUGCAUCCUCAGACACCAAAACAGAUGAGGACGAUGCCUGGGAUCUCAUCACUUGCUUCUGCUUAAAGCCUUUUGCUGGGAGACCCAUGAUAGAGUGCAGCGAGUGCACCACUUGGAUCCACCUCUCUUGCGCUAAGAUACGCAAGUCCAACGUGCCUGACAUCUUUAUCUGCCAGCGAUGCCGCGAUUCGAAGCAGGAGAUCCGCCGUUCCAACCGAGCCCGCACCAUCCCACGCAAGCGCUUCUGUGACUGACUGUGGUACGGAGGAUGGGUGGGUUCUCUUUAAGCCUGGACUGGGUCCUUGUUGGCAAGACAAUCAGAAUGCAGGAACUUCCCUGGGGAACAGGCAGGGUCCCCUGUUUUUCCAAGGCAAUAGUACAUAUAUAUCUGUCUAUAUAUGUGUCUUAAAGACCACGAGAGGAGGAAGAGAAACAUGCUGUUUUCUUCUUGCAAAUGCCUGUAAACUGUGCUACUGAGACCUCAGGGUUCCCUUAGAGCAGCAAAUGCAAAGGCACCUGGCAGACACAAGUGACUAGUUUGGGGGAUUCCAGCGCACAAUGCACAAGGUCACCCAGAAGCCUUUUUGCCCUUGUGCAGGUGUGAGCUUGUGCCUUUCCCCAGUAAACUAGUAGGAGUUGGCCCACAGUUAGUUGUUCUGUGGUAUGAAUAGCUUCUCGGACUUUAAUUUCUAAGUGCAUAUCCUCAGUUGUUGUUUCUAUCCCGUUGCUGUUAUUCUCUUUGCAAAAUAAGUUGAGGAGCUUUGGGGACCUUUUCGCAAAGAUGUAAAGCACAUGUUAAAGAGGGCAGUUGUCGUCUUGUGCACAUUCUGCUAAUGGGGGGGGGGGGUUGGCUUCAGACUUUGGUACCGACUGUGGUCAUUGCUCCCCAUUCUCCUUGAAAAACCUGUCCUCUUGGCAACCUAGCUUUUCCGGUCCUUAUUCAGGCUAGUUGCCAAUGGGAGAGGCAUGGCAAUACUCACUGAAUGUAAAUAUUUUGUAUACAGGUUCCUAGAAUAUGUCCAAGUGUACCUACUCCCCCCCCCCCCCCAUCACCACCACACACCCAAGACUUACAGUUGCACUACUGUCUUAUUUGAGUUUGGAACGCAGAAGUGUGGCAAGAGACCAAAGCUGUAGAGGUGAUAGUGACUGCUUCCAAAUCUGAAAGUGUGGUAGUCUUAAGAGAGCCAGAGCUUAUGGCAGUGAGCCGCACUGAAGAAGCAGAUUGGGUCCUGCUUUUGUUUUCAAGUUGCUUUCUCAUUGCUAAAGAUACUUUGCCACGGUUGCCAAUGUUGAAAUUUGGAGGAUGCUAAAGGAAAGCGACCUGUCUACUAUGCAAGCCACCACUGUUUGUUCUUUGGUGGGGAGGUGUGUGGUCAUGCCAGCAAACUACUGCUUGAUUUGGAGAGAAGACAGGUCCACUUGCACUCUACUCAGUCCACUGAACCUCUUCAAUUUGACCCAUGUGCCUUCUUUCUCACACACCGCCACGUCUUUGGUCACGCUUGUAACCAUAGCCCUGUUUUCAUUGUAACAAGGGAUUUGGAGUGGCUUGAGGAUUGGUCUUGUCCUGUUAAGAGGGACUUGAAUGCUCAGCCGUCGCGCUGUAGGAAGAAUUUGAAGAGCUACACCAGGAGUCCAUCACAAGCCCUCUCCUUUCCCUUUGAAGCGUUUACACUUUUCUAGUUAGUCACUUUCUAUGACAAAGAUGUAUGUAGUAUAUUCUGGUCUUUGUCCUGUGCAGAGUGUCUGGAGUCAUAAUGUAUAGAAUAAAAAUACUUUUAAUUA